GACUGUGCGGCUGUGGGAUUCAGCGACAGGACAUCCAUUGAAUAAGCCCUUGCGGGGGCACACUGGAGUGGUUUUGUCGGUCUCGUUCUCACCGGAUGGUACUCGCAUCACGUCUGGUUCGGAAGAUAAGACUGUGCACCUGUGGGAUGCAGCGACGGGACAGUCAUUAGGUGUGCCAUUGGAGGGGCACACUAGAGCCGUUCGGUCAGUCUCGUUCUCCCCAGAUGGUACUCGCAUCAUGUCUGGUUCGGAAGAUAAGACUAUUCGUCUAUGGAGUGCAGUGAAAAUGCAACCAUCCCCCGAGUCUACAGAGCCAGAUCUCUCCGCAUUCUCGCUGCAUCGAAGCAUCAUACCUGCCACCGAAGAAAACCAUAUCAUGCCAACCAACACUGGUAAUGAUCGCCUCAUUCGCUUCUCGUCUAGCCUGGAACACGUCCUGCCCAACCCUGCUGACUUGCUCAAGCCCACUCCUCAUCAUAAUUUUGAUUCAACCCCUUUCUUGCUGCAGGUUGAUGGAUGGGUGAUGGGCCCCAAUCGUCGGCUCCUUUUCUGGGUACCUCCCGCUUCCCGAUAUGCGUUUUAUAAUCCUUGGGCUUCAUUGGUGAUCCCAAGAGGAGGUGUCGAGCUUGAUUUGAGCCACAUGGUACAUGGGACAAACUGGUCGAGUUGCCGAGAUGUAUUGAGUAAAAUUUCUAUAGCGAGCCUACAAAAUUCACCAUCAACUUUCUGGGUUCGAAAAGACAGCAGCCAUAUGCUCCCACGCACCAAGACUAUCGCCCCGUCCACAUCGCCCGGAAACGCUGAGAAUCGGCAUAAAAGGAGAUUAUUAUCAAUUCGCGUGCAUGAGCGGGAUCGAACCGUAGGGAUAAAGACGAAAGAGCUUAAAUGGGAGAGGUCCGUGGCAUGCUGGGGGAUCCUGUACACGUGGGCGUGGUUGAAGAAGGUUAAGUCAAGGGAAAGUGAUCUGAGGCCUGUAGUCAUUGAGCGUCGUAGUCUCAGUGUGGGACGUACCUUUGGGUUUUGUGUCUGUCCAUGUAGAGAAGGCUUCGUCCCAGAAGGCGUCUUGGGUGUACCUUUGAACCAGGCUGCGGGGCUGACUUGGAUAACAGAUCGUCCUUAG